AAUAGAAACAGAGACAGAGAGAGAGAGAGAGAGAGAGAGGGGAAAAGCAUUGGAUCUACCAACAAAUUCUCGCUCAUUCUCCCUUUCCACGGGGAUAAAGAGGCGAUCCCAAAUCUCUACGGUAAAUCGUGCUGUAAUGUGAGAGAUCUAAGGGUUUCUUCUUCGUUUUGCUUCGGAUCGGUGAGUUAUUACUGCUACAAGCUCCUUCUCCUUCGAUCGAUCGAUCAUGGGAGCUCGCUGCUCCAAAUUCUCGAUCUGUUGGUGGCCUCUUCACUUCAAAUCCUCGGCCCUUCAAUUGCACCACCUCGAGAAUGGGGGUGGGAGCGGUGGGGAUGCGAUCCCGGGGUUCGUGGAGUACGGCAUCGACGAGCUUAGGGCGGCGACCGAGGGGUUCGCACCCGAUCGGAUCGUGUCGGAGCACGGGGAGAAGGCGCCCAAUGUCGUCUACAGCGGCGAGCUCCGCGGCCGCGCCGUCGCGAUCAAGCGCUUCGGCAAGGCGGCGUGGCCCGACACGCGCCAGUUCCUCGAGGAAGCAAGGGCUGUGGGGCAGCUGCGGAGCGGGCGGCUCGUAAACCUUUUAGGUUGCUGCUGUGAGGGGAAGGAGCGGCUCCUCGUCGCAGAGUUCAUGCCUCAUGAAACCUUGGCCAAACACCUCUUCCACUGGGAAACACAACCUCUUAAUUGGGCAAUGAGGACAAGGGUCGCACUGUACAUGGCACAGGCAUUGGACUAUUGCAGCAGUAAAGGGAGAGCUCUAUACCAUGAUCUCCAUGCCUACAGAGUCCUGUUUGAUCAAGACGGCAAUCCAAGGUUGUCCUGUUUUGGCCUCAUGAAGAACAGCAGGGAUGGGAAGAGCUAUAGUACUAACUUGGCCUUCACACCUCCAGAGUACCUUAGGACAGGGAGAGUGAUUCCAGAGAGUGUAGUGUACAGCUUCGGCACAAUUUUGCUUGAUCUUUUAAGUGGAAAGCAUAUUCCUCCAAGCCAUGCGCUUGACCUAAUACGUGGAAAGAACUUUUUAGUGUUGAUGGAUUCUUGUUUGGAGGGGCAUUUCUCCAAUGCUGAUGGAACGGAGAUAGUGAGGUUAGCUUCUCGCUGUUUGCAAUAUGAGGCUCGUGAUAGGCCGAAUGUGAAAUCAUUAGUGACUGCUCUUAUAUCUCUCCAGAAAGAUGCUGAGAUUCCUUCAUAUGUAUUGAUGUGUAUACCACAUGAUUCCUCAGAGCAAACACUUUUGCUCUCUCCUCUUGGCGAAGCUUGUGCCAAAGUGGACCUCAAUGCCAUACAUGAAAUAUUGGAGAAGGUUGGAUAUAAAGAUGAUGACGGGGCUCCUAAUGAUUUGUCUUUCCAGAUGUGGACGAACCAAUUACAUGAAACCUUGAAUUGGAAGAAGCACGGGGACGAUGCCUUUCGUUCUAAGGAUUUUGGAAGAGCAAUUGACUUUUACACUAAGUUCAUCAACAGUGGGACGAUGAUCUCGCUUACUGUAUUGGCGCGGCGAUGCUUCUCUUAUCUAACAAACAACAUGCUACAAGAAGCUCUGGGAGAUGCCAUGCAGGCACAGGUAGUAUCGCCCGAGUGGCCGACCGCAUUUUAUUUACAAGCGGCUACUCUAUUCGCUAUCGGAAUGGAAGGUGAUGCAAGAGAGGCACUGAAACAUGGUGCUUCUUUCGAAGCUAAAAAGCAGUAAUGAGCAUUCAAUUGUAUAGAUUUAGUGUUAUCUAAUUUAUCUAAUUUGGUGAUUUGAUUUGCAUUUUGUACUUACACCUCCUUUGCUUUUGUUGGGUAUUCAUGGGUUUGCAAUCACAGGGGCUUUUAUGAUUUUUUUUUUUUUUUUUUUGACCUUUCUCUUUCGAGGUUUUAAAUGUGUUUUUUGGUGUUAAUUAAGUCUCUUGUUUUCAAGCGAUCUCAUUGCAAGACUAUAAUGAGAAGCUAUGUACCUUAUUAUGUUCACUCCCAAUAAAAGACAAUGAUAUUAGCUAUCCAUGGA